CCUUCUGCGCGCGUCAGCUCCCAGCUAUCCGAGUGGCAGCCCUUGAUUGGCGGUCGCGGCGCAGCCAAUCGGAAGUGGGCACCUCACGUUUCGGCCACAGAAGAGGAAGUGCGGGUGCACGGGGUGUCAGUGAGUCGCGCGUCGGAGGAGCGGGGCCUUGAGUCGAGAACUGGGCAGCCGCCGCCAUGCGGCCGGGGACUGUGCGCCUUCUCCUCCUGCUCCUGGCGCUUGCGCAGCUGCUGGCCGUGGCGUGUGCGCAGGAGCCGGACGCAGAUUCUCCCAGCAGAGACGAUGCCAUCGAGGACGAGGACGCAGAGGACGAAGAUGAGGAUGAGGACGACGACGAGGAUUUGGAAGUGAAGGAGGAAAACGGUGUCCUGGUCCUGAACGAUGCGAACUUCGACACCUUCGUGGCUGACAAGGACACGGUGCUUCUGGAGUUCUAUGCACCCUGGUGUGGACACUGCAAGCAGUUUGCUCCGGAAUAUGAAAAAAUUGCCGAGACGCUGAAGGGUGACACUCCCCCCAUCCCUGUGGCCAAGAUUGACGCAACCACAGCUUCGGCAGUGGCCAGCAGGUUUGACGUUAGCGGCUACCCCACUAUCAAGAUCCUCAAGAAGGGGCAGGCUGUCGACUACGAGGGCGCCAGGACACAGGAAGAAAUCGUUGCCAAGGUUAGAGAGGUCUCCCAGCCCACCUGGACACCCCCGCCUGAGGCCACGCUGGUGCUGACGGCACAGAACUUCGACAGCGUUGUGGGCGAGGCCGACAUCAUCCUGGUGGAGUUCUACGCCCCGUGGUGUGGGCACUGCAAGAAGCUUGCCCCCGAGUACGAGAAGGCAGCCAAGGAGCUCAGCCGGCGCUCACCCCCGAUCCCUUUAGCCAAGGUCGAUGCCACCGCGGAGACAGACCUGGCCCAACGGUUCGGUGUCUCUGGCUACCCCACCCUGAAAAUCUUCCGCCGUGGGAAACCCUUCGACUACAAUGGCCCUCGGGAAAAAUAUGGCAUCGUGGACUACAUGGUGGAGCAGGCUGGGCCUCCCUCCAAAGCAGUCAUGGCACUGAAGCAGGUGCAGGAAUUCCUGAAGGAUGGGGAUGACGUCAUCAUCAUCGGGGUCUUCCAGGCCGAGAGCGACCCGGCCUACCAGCAGUACCAGGAGGCGGCCAACAGCCUGCGGGAAGACUACAGGUUCCACCACACUUUCAGCACCGAGAUCGCCAAGUUCUUGAAAGUCGCACCGGGGACACUGGUCGUGAUGCAGCCGGAGAGGUUCCAGUCCCGAUUUGAGCCCAAGAGCCAUGUGAUGGACAUUCAGGGCUCCACGGAGGCCUCGGCCAUCAGGGACCACGUGGUGCAGCACGCCCUGCCGCUGGUAGGCCACCGCAGGGUUGCCACCGAGGCCAAGCGUUACACCCGGCGGCCCCUGGUGGUGGUCUAUCUCAGUGUGGAUUUCAGCUUCGACUACAGAGUUGCCACGCAGUUCUGGCGGAGCAAAGUCCUGGAGGUGGCCAAGGACUUCCCUGAAUACACAUUCGCCAUCGCUGAUGAGGACGACUACGCCUCGGAGGUGAAGGACCUGGGGCUUGGCGAGAGCGGGGAGGACAUCAACGCGGCGGUGCUGGACGAGGGCGGGCGCAGGUUCGCCAUGGAGCCCACCGAGUUCGACGCCGAUGCCCUGCGCGAGUUCGUGACAGCCUUCAAGAAGGGGAAACUGCAGCCGGUCAUCAAGUCACAGCCGGCGCCCAAGAACAACAAGGGGCCGGUCAAGGUGGUGGUGGGGAAGACCUUCGAGGACAUCGCGCUGGACCCCAGCAAGGACGUGCUCAUCGAGUUUUACGCCCCGUGGUGCGGCCACUGCAAGCAGCUGGAGCCCGUGUACACCGCGCUGGGCAAGAAGUACCGCGGCCACAAGGGCCUGGUCAUCGCCAAGAUGGACGCCACGGCCAACGAGGCCACCAGUGACCACUACAAGGUGGACGGCUUCCCCACCAUCUACUUCGCGCCCAGUGGGGACAAGCAGAACCCCAUCAGGUUCGAGGGUGCCAACAGGGACCUGGAACACCUGAGCCAGUUCAUCGAGGAGCACGCCACGCAGCUGGGCCGGGCCAGGGAGGAGCUCUGAGUCCGGGGCCAGGUGGACACCGGACGGACGCCACAUAGCAGCGACUCGGGGUUGUGUUUUUAUACUUGCAUCCCACCUCAUGCUCUGAAUACUGACUAGAUGUGAAUGGUUAGAUAAUUUAGUCCAGAUUUUUAUGGA